CAGGCUCUUUGUUCUUCGACCAUGUGGAGUCUCUGCUUCUAUUUUCGUUGAAGCAUCACAUUUUGGAGAGAAUUCCUGCGUAGACUGAAAAUUAUCAACUAUACAAAAUGAGGCUGUGUCUCCUGUUCUACAUCCUCUGCCUGAUGGCUCCGACUGCCUACAAUCAGUUUCAAGGUCUUCCUGGUCCCCCAGGUGCCAGAGGACCUCCUGGGCCCCCAGGACCACCAGGCAUAUCAGGACCAAGGGGACCAACUGGAAUGCUUGGACUUCGUGGACCUCGUGGACCGCCUGGACAAGUUGAAAAGUGUGAACAAGAUUCCCCUGGCUCUGUGGACCGGGAUGUUAAAGCCCUACAGCAGACCAUUGCGAAGUUAGACCUGGCUAUAACUUUUGAUUUUGUUCGAAGCAUUGGUCACAAAUACUUUGUGUCCAACAAGGAGAGAGGCUCCUUCUCGAAGGCCGUAGACUUCUGCUCCCAACGAGGCUUAGAGCUGGCUUUACCACAGAACGAGGAGGAGAACAGCAUGCUGACUCAGUUGUAUGGUGAAUCUGAUAAAAUGGCCUGGCUCAACGUCAACAAUGAAAAGGCAGAGGGGAAUUUUGAGUUUGAUAUGAGAAAGCAACCUCUGACCUUCACCAAGUGGGGACAAGGACAGCCAGAUACAUCCAUCCAGGAAACAGGCUGCACCAUGCUGACAGAAAACGCUGUCUGGCAAGUGACACGUGAAUGUUCUCAGAAUGCUUAUAUCAUUUGUCAGUUCUGAAAAGGUCUUGUAUAUCAAGCAACAAUUUUCAGGAGCCACAGAAGAUGCACAUGUAUUCNCUCUCACAGCGAGGUUAACUUUCAUCUUCUGCAGUCUUUACUCUUAUCCAACAGGAUUGUAUUAGGACUUGUGUUGCACUAAAAGUGAUUCAGAAAUGAAACCAGGUUCCAUCCAGUAAGACCGGAAUCCUGAGUGACAUGUAGAAAAUAAUCAGUCCAUGCUUAUGAAACACAAAUACACAAUCAGCAUGUCAUUGUUGCUGCUGCAGAGACAAGUACCUGUAUGAAGAAAAAAAAUAGUAUGCAGAAAGUAUAUUAUACAUGUAAAGAAACAACAUGAUGUGUUUUGUAACCGUACAUCCUAAUAAAGUGUAUUACAAUGCAAU